AUGACUGACUUUUCGUCACGCGCCUCCCUGGCACUAAAGUUUUCCUGGUGUGAUGCGGAUUUAGAGCAUGAUUUGGAGGCUGUUGUUUCACAAUUACUUCGCGAGCAAAUUGAGCUCUUGGAAGCAGUUCUUUUAUCACUUCAUGUUCGGGAGGCCGAGACUGAUAAUUCUAGGUCUUUUCCGCCUGGAACUAUUUUUGAUAUGCUUUUCGAAACCUUCAGAAAACACUUUUUCAGUAUCAAGCCAGAAUUAGAAUGUGUCUGGAUCGGACAUAAUAGCUCAAUUCAACAAAUUUGCUUACUUCAGACCUUUAUACUUAUUCGGGCCGCAUACUUGGAUUCAUCUGAGCUAUUUUCCGACAAGUCUAUAAAGGGUAUAGAAUCGACGACUUCGAACCAUCAUUUGGCUGUGAAAAGCCGAUUAACUCUAUUUCUUAAUUCGAUUUUGAUUCUCUCUGAGGCAUCUUUGCGCUUUUAUGGGCCCUUGCUAUUGCUAGGGGCAGUUUGCGCUUCUGCAUUUGCUCAAAUCCCAGAUGAUACUAACCCUUGUAAAAACUUUGAAUGCGAGGACGAUUCUUUUAGUUGGCAGCGUAUUCUAUCCAUAGGUUCUCAGCUGGCAUAUGUAUCUAUCGAUCGACUCAACGUAUUCGACUUUCUUUAUAAUUGCCCUCUGAGGUUCUCAUAUCGCUUUUCAGAACCCGACGCUCAACUACUCCACUCUGUUGCCUUAUCUACUGGAACUGAUAGUGAAGAUCAGCCAACCUUCCUGAGUUUAUUAAGCCAUUUGCCUUAUCAGAAUACAACUUUGGACUCCGAACUCUCUGAUAGCCUCAGUUUGGUUGAUUUAGCUGCUCAUGUUUGCCUUUUUGAUCUUCUUUCGCUCCUAGCAAAGAAUAUCGCUCUUGAUUCGAUGGAUCCUUCCCUAUCUUCAAAUUCAAAACCUAGUUUUGAUGGCGAGAUAAUUCCUGUUGAUCUCGAAAUUUCGAAACGGUCACUUUUUCUUCGUCUUUUUUCGCGCACACUUGCCAUAGUAGUCACUCAUUCCAGCUGCAGCAUCAUAACCAGGCAGCGUGAUAUUGAGUGUAAUAUCAGCUCUCGGAUUGCAAAUCUAAUUGAGGAAUUGGCUGAAGGUUAG